AUGGCGCCAGUCGACACCAAAACCUACGAUUACAUUGUCAUUGGGGGCGGCAGUGGUGGCAGCGGCAGUGCGCGACGGGCGGCUGGCUGGUAUGGCGCGAAGACGCUGAUUGUCGAGAGCGGCCGCUCGGGUGGGACAUGCGUGAAUGUUGGCUGCGUGCCGAAGAAGAUGACCUGGAACUUUGCGUCCAUCAACGAGAACAUACACGCCGGCCGGCACUACGGAUACGACAUCCCUGAGAACAUUGGGGUUGAUUACGGCCAUUUCAAACGGGUACGCGAUGCCACUAUCAAGCGCCUAAACGGCGCCUACGAGAAUAACUGGGCCAGGGAGGGCAUCGACCUCGUGCACGGCCAUGCUCGCUUCGUCGAGCCCAAGGUCAUUGAGAUCACUGCCGCAGACGGCUCGGGAAAGACGCGGUACACAGCCAAGCACAUCCUGCUCGCCGUCGGCGGGCGGCCGAUUGUGCCCCAGGUGAAGGGCGCCGAGCACGGGAUUACGAGCGAUGGGUUCUUCGAGAUUGAGGAGUUGCCGAAGAAAUGGGCGGUGGUGGGCGCCGGGUAUAUCGCGGUUGAGCUGGCGGGCAUGUUGGCGGCGGUCGGCGUCGAAACGCACAUGUUCAUCCGCGGCGAGACGUUUCUGCGUAAAUUCGACCCUAUGAUUCAGGAGACCAUGACGGAGCGGUAUGAAGCCGUGGGCGUGAAGAUCCACAAGCUGCACAAGGGAUUCAGCGAGGUGCAGCUGCUGAAGGAUGGAAAGGGGUCGAACAAGCUGUUGAAGUUGAUUGGCGUGGAUGGCGAAGAGCACGAGGUGAAUGAGCUGCUGUGGGCGGUCGGUCGCGCGCCGGAGGUUGAGGACUUGGACCUGAAUGUCCCGGGCAUCAAGCAGACACACAGUGGACAUGUCAUCGUGGACCAGUUCCAGAACACCAACGUUGAUGGCAUCUAUGCGCUGGGUGAUGUGACGGGCCAGGCGGAACUGACGCCAGUCGCUAUCGCAGCUGGUCGGCAGCUCGGAAGCCGCCUCUUUGGCCCGCCCGAACUCAAAUCAUCCAAACUGUCGUAUGAGAACAUCCCGACAGUGGUGUUCUCGCACCCCGAAGUCGGCACCGUCGGGCUGACUGAGCCGCAGGCCCGUCAGCAGUUUGGCGAUGACAAUAUCAAGGUGUACAAGACGCGCUUCACGGCGAUGUUCUACGACGUUUUCCCGGCGGAGGAGAAGAAGCAGAAUCCGACGCAGAUGAAGAUCAUUUGCGCAGGCCCGGAGGAGAAGGUGGUUGGAUUGCACAUCCUCGGCCUGGGCGUCGGCGAGAUGCUGCAAGGGUUUGGCGUCGCGAUCAAGAUGGGCGCGACCAAGCAGGAUUUCGACAGCUGCGUCGCGAUUCACCCGACGAGCGCUGAGGAAUUGGUAUGUCUAGGUUCUGUUUAG